UAUUCCGGUCACCGUUUUCUUUUUUCUUUCUUUGCUGUUCCAUUUUCUAUAUUUGAGCGAUUUCGAGAAGCGAGAGGAUCAGAAAAAGGGAAAGCUUUGUCAAUCGGAGUUCUAACUAAAUUAUAGUUGGAAUUGGUCACAUUAUUGAAUUCUGGUUGAGGAGUUGAAGGGUAUUAUAGGUAGGGGAGGAUGGGUUGUAAGGGUUGCUGGGAGUGCCUUCUGAAGGUUCUGAACUUCUUUAUGUCCCUUGCUGGUCUGGCCAUGGUGGGCUAUGGGAUUUAUCUGCUGGUUCAAUACAAUAACCGUCCGCAUGACACUUUAAUAGUUCCUACUGAUCAGACUCUUGUUCAACUUGGCCGUCCAAUGCUUGUAGCUGUGAAUCUCUCCGACAGCAUUUAUGAUGAUUUGCCGAAGGCUUGGUUUUUAUAUGCUUUCAUUGGUGUUGGGGCGAUUCUGUUUGUCAUUUCUUGUUUUGGAUGUGUCGCAUCUAUGACACGGAGUGUGUGCUGCCUGAGCUGUUAUGCAUUUUUGGUGAUACUAUUGAUCUUGCUAGAGCUGGCUUUUGCAGCCGUUAUAUUUUUCGACAAAGGCUGGAAAAAGGAAAUUCCACAAGAUGAAACGGGAUAUUUUGAUAUGGUAUACGGAUUUCUAAGAGAGAACUGGGAUAUUGUGAGGUGGGUUGCUCUUGGAAUUGUUGUAUUCGAGGCCCUUCUUUUCUUGUUAGCACUUAUUGUUAGGGCCUCAAACAAGCAAGUAGAUUAUGAUAGUGAUGAAGAGUACAUUAAUCCAAGGCACCAGGCCCGUCAACCUUUGCUCAAUAACAAACCAGCUAGCCCAGUAACAGGUGUACCAGUUGCCGGCACACUUGAUCAGCGCCCAAGCAGAAAUGAUGCAUGGAGUACACGGAUGAGGGAAAAGUAUGGUUUGGAUACAUCUGAAUUUACAUACAAUCCAUCAGAGUCGCACAGGUUCCAGCAACCAAAUCCGCAACCAACUGAAGAAAGGAGCCGUUGCACCAUCAUGUGAUAUAUGUAUCCCUCCAAAGCUUUGCCAGGUUGACUUCGAAUGAUUGUUUGGCAAUGACUUGAGAUUAGAAGGUUGUCUCACGAAAAGGGAAAAAAAAAAAAAGUCAAAUCGUUUUGUGUGUCUCAAGUUUGUACACAAGUUCCACUUCACAUGAUCCCCAUCUCCACUUUUUUUCUGUUACAAUGACAACAACGUCUUCAGUUUGUUGUGUGUAUGUGUGUAACAUUCUGGGUGAGACAUUAGUAUUGUUAUGAUGUUGCUUAUGUUUAUGUCCAUAGUUUAACCCAGCGAAUGAAAUCAGUGUUUGAGGUUGAUAUUAUUCUCUUGUAAAAGUUGAAACCAAUGCUUUUUAUGUAA